AACUUCAUUACUUAAUUAGCAUAGCAGAGACGAUCGACAAAAAUGGCGGAAGAGAUGAAGCUUCUGGGAGCGUGGUUCAGCCCAGUGGUGUACAGAGUGAUAUGGGUUCUGAAGCUGAAGGGCAUAGAGUACGAGUACGUUGAAGAAGAUCUGGGCAACAAGAGCCCUCUUCUUCUCCAAUCGAAUCCGGUUCACAAGAAAGUCCCGGUUCUCAUCCACAAUGGAAACGCCAUAUCUGAGUCCGUCAUCAUCGUCCGAUACCUCGAUGAGAUCUUCACGAACUACCCUAUAUUGCCUCAGGAUCCUUACCAGAGAGCCAUGGCUGCUUUCUGGGCUAUGUUCGUUGACGAAAAGAUCACUCCGUUCAUCGGGAAAUUGCUGUUUGGGUCGGAGGAAGAGCAAGCUGCCGGAGCCAGAGGGGCAGAAGAGGCAUUUCAGACGCUGGAUGGAGAGCUGAAGAAGAAGGGCGGCGGCUUCUUCGGCGGAGAGUCGAUUGGGCUGGCGGACAUAACGCUGGGCUACGUCUCCAUCUGGUUGGACGUCAUCGAAGAAGUCGGCAGCAUUAAAGUCUUUGAUUCCUUAAAAUACACUUGGCUGGCCAACUGGAUGCGUGACUUCACGGACUUGCCGGUCGUCCGAGACAACCAACCCAACAAAGACGAGUUGACCGCUCAUCUCCGCCGGCUCCGUCAAAUUGGACGUGCAGCCGCGUUUAAAAAUUAACCGCCGCUUGUUUACUGCGCAGUGAUCAUUAAUAAUUAAUUAACGUGGUUUGGAUGAUGAUGUUUCACGUGAAUUUAAAGUAGAAUAAAAAGUUUAUGUUUGAUGUUU